AUGGUUCCAGCCCCUCCGCCUAACUUCAUCUGCUCUUUGGAGUUCCGUAACCGGACAACAUGGCAGAGUGGGUCCUUCAACUGGAGCGAACAACAACAACAGUGUGAUGUGGUGGAUCCUGUGACCAAUCAGUCAGCUCCUUGUGACGCUGGCUUUGUCUACAGUAUGCCCCGGGAAAACAGCAUUGUUACAGAGGUGAGAGGUGAACAGUUUGCCCAACGAAAACAGCUUUGUUCAGAGUGGGACAUGAUCUGCUCCAGGCAGUAUCUAGCCGAGAUGAGUCAAACGACCUUUACGUUUGGUCAAGCCAUCGGGGGUAUCCUGUUUAUGUUCUUAGCAGACCGACGGGGCCGGAAGUGGGUGUGUCUUCUGAACCUGUGGGCGGCAAUUGGGUUUAGUGUUGUGAUAGCCUUCGUCCAGUCACCACUGGCCCUGAUUUUAAUGCGACUAGCUGUCGGCAUCUUCGAAGCGGGUUACAUCACGGUUGUGACAGUGAUCGUUUUAGAGGUGGUGCCAGUAUCCAAUCGUUCUCACCUGUCGAUAUGGGGCAGCAUUAACUGGGCGCUGGACCUAAUGGUUUUCUCUGGGUUGAGCUACCUGUGCCGCGAUCUAUCCUGGCGUUACAGUCAAAUCAUCCUGACGCUGCCGUGUCUUAUAGUCAUACCCAACAUGAUAGUUUUGGAUGAAUCUGUCCGCUGGCUUUUGGCAAACGGCAAAUUUCAGGCCAUCAAAACAAUAGUAUCCAAGGCUGCUGAAAUUAACGGUAGAAUGGAUCAUCCUGUUGUACAGGCUUGCUUGGACUCUUGUGACAAAGCCUUAGCAACGAAACAUGAGGAGAAGCAGUUGAUGACUGAGCAAGAACUUCAGGAACCAAUGAACACGCGAGAUGUGGUCCAAGACAGUACGGAAACGAUACAUACACGAGGUCCGAGUAAUGCGGAUACUCGAGAUACUUGCGAUACAAAAGAGCGAGGCACACUAGGACCGAGUCGAACAUGCCCAGACACACAAGGUACCAGAUAUGCGGCAAAGCUGGACACACGAGAGCCGAGCCAGAAGAGGCAAAUCUCCACAGUUUCCGCAUGGGAUCUGAUGAAGCAUCCCAAACUAAGGCUUUUCACAUCCGUAAUGACAUUCGCAUGGUUUAGUAACAACUGGGUGUACCUGGGCAUGUUUCUCACCUCCUCAUCUCUGGCCGGAAACCCCUAUCUGAACCUCUUCCUGAACGCCGUGGUGGAGAUCCCUGGUGGCGUCAUAACCUACUUCUCCAUCGUCAAGAUUGGUCGGAAGUACACAGCCAUUGUCUUUAACAUUAUCACAGCGGCGAGUCUGUUGACUGCUGUCAUCUUGCAGGUCACUUCAGGUUCUGCUGUGAGUAACGCCAUUACAGCCCUCGCUAUUGUCGGCAAGUUUGGUAAUUCCAUAGCGUUCGGGAGUCUGUUCACCUACGCACCUGAACUGUUUCCCACAAAUCUCAGGAGCCUGAGUCUAGGUAUAAUCGGCUUCGCUGCACGGGUCGGCGGAAUGGUGGCCCCUUACUCUAAUCUGCUGAUCCGCAUGGCGCCAUGGCUACCGGGUGUACUGUACAGCAUAACAUCGCUGAUUUGCAGCCUGAUAUUCGUCUUCUUACCGGAAACCAAAAACAAGACCUUGCCCCAGACAACAGAAGACAUAGACAUGUGGUACAGACCAAAGUCCAAGUCAUCAGACUAUGAAAUAGUUUCUGAAUAUAGUAAAGUAAAACAAUUUGAAUAG